AUGGCCACAAAGGCACAGCCCAGCACAUCGCGGCAUAGAGGGAUGUUUUCUCAUGCGCGUCACGUUUCCCCGUCUGUCUCCCGCUCCAAGUCCCAGCGCCAGCCCCUUACUCCAGCACGUGACGCCUGCUCCACUUUCCUUUUGACUUUGAAACGAAGCCCAUCUGCAUCCAGGGAUCCAAACCAAGCAUACGACCAAAGGGAGGGGGGCGAGCACCCGCAGUAUGCCCCGACAGACGGCAGCAUGCCCAGAUCACCGUCCGACUAUGGGGAUAGGGACCCUCGGCGGGCGCCACGGGGCCCGCAGAUGUAUCCAGAUGUGGACUCCGUGCAAAUGGGCUACCGGGACCGGCGGGGCCCCGGGCGCUGGCACUCCCAGGAAUACCCCCUCGACCAAGAGCUAGACGGACCGCCCAGUGAGUAUGACCUCCAGCGGCAGCGGCAGGAGGAGUUCCAGACGCGGUACCGCAGCGACCCCAACCUGGCCCGCUACCCCGUCAAGCCUCAGCCUUACGAGGAGCAAAUGAGGAUGCACGCCGAGGUCGGCCGGCUGAGGCACGAGCGUCGCCAUAGCGAUGUAUCCCUGGCCUACACGGAGCAGGACGACCCCGGCCCCAUCCGGCUGUCCCGUCAGCACCUCACCGAGCGCCGGCCGCCUAUGGGGGGACACCGCUCGUACUCUGUUGACCGCUCUUCCCCAGGCCCUAUGGGCCCCGGCCUAAGCCACAGAACCUCCAAUCACAGCCCUCCGACGCCACACCGCAGCCCUGUGCUGGGCGACCGGACAGGGGACCUGCGACGAGGAGACAUGGGGGUAGGUGGCGAUCCAAUGAGGAGGCAGCAACACCACUUGGACCCCAAUUCUGCCGUACGCAAGACCAAGAGGGAGAAAAUGGAGAGUAUGCUAAGGAAUGACUCUCUAAGCUCUGACCAGUCCGAGUCAGUGCGGCCCCCACCCCCCAAACCCCACAAAACCAAAAAGGGAGGGAAGAUGAGGCAGGUGUCACUGAGCAGCUCAGAGGAGGAGCUGGCCACCACCCCAGAGUACACAAGCUGCGAGGAUGUGGAAAUAGAGAGUGAGUCAGUCAGUGAAAAAGGAGAUUUGGAUGGCCAUUGGUGGGACCAUGCAUCAUGGCAUAGCAGCGAGGCUUCCCCAAUGUCUUUGCACCCAGUUACAUGGCAGCCAUCCAAAGAUGGGGAUCGCCUAAUAGGCCGCAUCUUGCUCAACAAGCGCAUGAAGGAUGGAAGUGUGCCUCGAGACUCAGGAGCUCUGCUUGGUCUGAAGGUGGUGGGAGGCAAGAUGACAGAAUCUGGCAGACUUUGUGCUUUCAUCACCAAAGUGAGGAAAGGAAGUCUAGCAGACACUGUCGGACACCUCAGACCAGGUGACCAAGUGUUGGAGUGGAAUGGGAGGCUUUUACAAGGAGCCACGUUUAAAGAAGUUUACAAUAUCAUUUUAGAAUCUAAGCCUGAGCCGCAGGUGGAGCUGGUGGUCUCACGGCCUAUAGGAGAUAUUCCAAGAAUACCGGAUAGCACACAUGCACAACUGGAGUCAAGUUCGAGUUCUUUUGAGUCUCAGAAGAUGGAUCGCCCCUCAAUCUCUGUCACGUCUCCCAUGAGUCCCAGUAUGCUGAGGGACGCCCCCCAGUACCUGUCAGGACAGCUCUCAAGCCAAAGCCUUAGUAGACGAACAACGCCUUUUCCCCCUAGGGUCCAGGUCAAACUGUGGUACGACAAAGUGGGCCAUCAGCUAAUCGUCACCAUCCUGGGCGCCAAAGACCUGCCACCCAGGGAAGAUGGCCGACCCAGGAACCCUUACGUCAAAAUCUACUUCCUCCCUGACAGAAGCGACAAAAGCAAGAGGAGAACAAAAACAGUAAAGAAAUCCUUAGAGCCCAAGUGGAAUCAGACCUUUAUGUAUUCGCCGGUGCACCGGCGGGAGUUUCGAGAGCGCAUGCUGGAGAUCACAUUGUGGGACCAAGCCCGGGUCAGGGAGGAGGAGAGCGAAUUCUUGGGAGAGAUCCUUAUUGAACUGGAGACGGCUCUUCUGGAUGAUGAGCCUCACUGGUACAAGCUACAAACACACGAUGUGUCCUCCCUUCCACUCCCACGUGCCUCUCCGAAUGCACAGCGCAGGCAGCUCCAUGGAGAGAGUCCAACAAGGCGGCUGCAGAGGUCCCAGAGGAUAAGUGACAGCGAGAUAUCGGACUAUGAUUGUGAGGACGGUGUUGGGGUUAUUACAGACUAUAGGCCAAAUGGAAGAGACUUCCAGAGCUCCACGUUGUCUGUCCCUGAGCAGGUCAUGUCAUCUAACCACUGCUCUCGGUCUGCUGAUAUAAAUCGAGCACGGUCACGCUCUCCCAGUGUUCCUCCACCCUCCAGGAACCACGGAGCCAUGGAUAGACACGAGUAUCACAACAGGUCCCGCUCUGCAGACCAGCGGCCCACUAUAGAGCGCCUUACAUCCCGCUCGCGCUCGACCGAACGCCCCCACGACUCUUCGCUCAUGAGGUCGAUGCCGUCCCUGCCAUCUGGGAGGUCUGCACCCCCCUCACCUGCCAUGACGAGGGCACAUCCUCGUAGUGGAUCAGUCCAGACCAGUCCCACCAGUACCCCGAUGUCCAGUAGGCGAGGACGGCAACUCCCACAGCUUCCACCCACAGGGAAGGACAGAAAAGAUGGAGAGGAAGGAACAGAGCCUUGUGAAGGUAUGGACAUGGAAGAGAGGACCAGAGAGAUGAAACUAAAGAUGAACAAGUAUAAGCAAGGAGCUGGCUCUGACUCCAGACUGGAACAGGACUACCACAAGCGCUCAGGCAGGGAUCCUCAGGGCUCCGAUAACUUGUCAGCCAAGUCGUCGGACAGCGAUGUAAGCGACGUGUCCGCUGUAUCGAGAACCAGCAGUGCCUCUCGGUUCAGCAGCACGAGCUACAUGUCUGUCCAGUCAGAGAGGCCGCAAGGAAAUCGGAAAAUCCGGCAGAUGGGCUCAUCCGGUGGGGUGAACAUGACCAAGAGCACGAGCAUCAGCGGCGACAUGUGCAACCUGGAGAAGACGGACGGCAGCCAGUCAGACACGGCGGUCGGCACGGUAGGCACUGACGACAAGAAGAGGCGCUCCAGCAUUGGUGCCAAAAUGCAGGCCAUGGUUGGCAUGUCACGCAAGAGCCGGAGCACCUCUCAGCUCAGCCAAACAGGUGACAGAGAUCCAGGAAAGAGCUCUCUCUUUUUUCUGUUGUAA